UCUGCAAGUCCACCUUUAGGUCCAUUCCUUGGACAGAGAAAUAUAAAUAUACAUAAUUUUGUAAAAGAAUUUAAUCUUAAAACAGCAGAUAUAAAAGAAGGAAUUCCUAUGACAUGCAAAAUAAAAGUAAAUUCAGAUGGAACUUAUAACUUAGAUAUAAAUAAUCCUUCAUCUAUAUAUUAUUUAAAACAAGCAUCUGGUUUAGAAAGAGGUAAAAUGAUUGGAGAAAAAGUUGUUGGUAAAAUAACACUAAAACAUUUAUAUGAAAUAGCAAAAAUUAAAGCUGAAGAUCACGCUCUGGCAUUAAUGAGCUUGCAACAAAUUACUCAAAUGUUAGUUGGCACUGCAAGAACUGCAGGAAUUGAAAUAGUAAAGGAAUUAGAAUAUGACGAAUACAGCAAAUUUUUAGAAAAAAGAAAUGCAUAUGUUGAAAGUAGAAUUUUGCGUAUGAAUGAGAAGAAAGAAGAAAAAUUACUUCGAACUACCAAAACAAAAAAGUAGU